AUGCACAAUCACAAGCAGAUCAUGGCGAAGGACGAGGGCUUAAGCCUGUUGCAAUUCUGCGACGGUCGCUUCACAGCCAUUGAGACUUCGAUGCUCAACAUGGAAAAUUCGAUGCGCAACAUAGAAGGUGAACUACGAAGUGAACUAUACGACGCAAAAGACGAGAAUUCCCGCCUCGUAGCUGAGAAUAAGUCAUUCGCGCAAUUCCGUUCAGGGUACAUGAAUGUACGAGAACGGAAUUUCUUGAAAUUUCUACAAGAUUGCUGUGUCGGAGAAGACGAUAUUCAUGGGGAAAAGUUGGAGAUCUUGAAUCGAACCAUCGAGCAUGGGGGCGAUGUCGUCUCCGACGCCCGCAUGUUCCGUGAGCGACGGCCCGACCGCGAGAAGUUCCACUUUCGAAGCUUGUACGGGAUGGACCCCGAGGAAGUCGAGGAGCUAGAGCGGAACGGGCUCAAGGCAGUGCUCCGAGUCUUGGACUAUGUUGGCUCUGCCAAGCUCGAAGGCUUGUUUGUGAUGCAGAGCGAGCAGGCGGAGCAACUGGACGAACUUGUGAAGUUGGUACGGGAGGGAAGACGAGCAGAGGCGGAGAUUCUCGCCACAGAAUUCCCUUUCGUUGAAACCUACUAG